UAGUCGGUCAUGGAUUGGCCCAGUACCCGCGUGGCCCAGGGUGGCCUCUUUCACACUCCCCGCGCACGCUACACAAAAGAAACACAGGAUUUGAUCAAAGUGCUGAUGGAGGAAGCCAAACUGACGAUUCUGCAGCGCAACAAAAUUAACUACCAUCUACGCAACGGAGAACCAUUGCCGCUGCCAAAAGAGCCAAAAUACGAGCAGGAAUACAGCAACUUUCUACCGGUGGCCAUUCCGCGAAAGAACAUCAAGAAGCGCUCGCUGUCCACCAUCAUCGAGAGUGGGGCGUUCGAUGUGGAGAAAUACGUGCCACACAAACCGAAGGAACCGAUCGAGAAGAUGAAGCUAAAACUGCAAGAACAGAUGAGCGGACUAAAAGUGUUUCCGGACGAUGGUCGCCGGCGCCGAGUGGUGCGAAGUAAGAGCGAAGGUUUCGUGGAUUUCGUCCCACCCGAUCGUGCUAGUGAGCUGCUGGAAGAAAUCAACGAACGUGUCCAGUGGCUAGAGGAGAUGGAGGCACUGGGAGAAGGAAAAAAGCAUCGUCCAACGAUUCAGCUACAGAUUGCGGAGAAGCUCAACGAGCUGAAACGACUGGAACGCAGCAAAUCACACGAGAACACAAUCUAA